AUGGGUUUGAACGAGAAAUCGGCUGUGACGAAGGAACAGAAUGAUCGUCACAAGAAGAUUUUGGACGGCCUAUUGAAGCUGCAGGAAAACAGAGAGUGUGCUGAUUGUCACUGCAAGGCGCCGCGGUGGGCGAGUGUGAACCUGGGCAUAUUCAUGUGCAUCCAGUGCUCCGGCAUCCAUCGCAGCCUCGGAGUCCACAUUUCCAAGGUCCGCUCGGCCACUCUGGACACAUGGUUACCGGACCAAGUGGCAUUCAUGCAAGCCAUGGGCAAUGCCAAGGCGAACGCGUACUGGGAGGCCCGUCUGCCGCCCUCCUUCCGCCGCCCCACUGAAAACGACAAGAUUGGCCUAGAGAGUUUUAUCCGUGCCAAGUACGAGCAGAGGCGCUGGGUGGGUUCUGAACCCCCGCGAAUCACCAACGGAUCCAACAGUGCCGUUGCUGCUGGUGCAGGGAGGGAGGGACAGAUGCAAGGGGGUCAGGGGCAGGGGCAGGGGCAGCAGCAUCGUCAUCACCACCAUAGCCAUCACCACCACCACCACCAUCACCACAGGGCAGAACGAGCUGACCCGGCAGCAGCAGCAAGGCGUGAGGAGGGUCGCCCCCAUGGUGGUGUUCACUCAUCAGCCAGGCCUGUUCCUACUACUGCCGCUGCCGCUGCUGCUGCUACUGCUCCUGCUGCUGCUAGCGCACCUUCCACAGCCCCCACUCGAGCCUCCGCCUCUGCUACCCCGUCCCCUGCGCCAUCUCCAGCGCCUUCAGCCGCUCAGCCUGCUGCCCCGCCCCAGCCAGCUGAUCUCUUUGACCUCCUCUCUCUCAACGACCCGGCUCCUGCUGCCGCUCCUGCUGCGCCUGCUCUUGCCAGCACCACCACGAUCACAACGGAGUGGACGGCCUUUUCAGACACAACCCCUUCCACCAUGGCAUCCGCUGCAGUGCAACUAGCAGCAGCAGCAGCCACUGCCGGUUCAUGGUCCUUCACCACUCCCACUGCUGCAGCUGCUGCUACUGCCGCUGCCCCCGUUGCACCAGCGGCCACCACCACGCCGGCCAUGUCUACAGCCGCCAGCGGCAGUGCCAAAUCAGACAUCCUCAGCCUGUUCGAGGUCCGUGUUCUCCUCCUGAUCCUCCCAGCACAACCCUUUCUGGUUCUCCCUGUCUUUCCAAACCUACCUGUCCUCCCUGUCCUCCCGAACCUUCCUGUCCUCCCUGCCCUCCCGAACCUACCAGUCCUCCCUGCCCUCCCGAACCUACCUGUCCUCCUGAACUUCCGUGUCCUUUCUGUCCUUACGCCAGUAAUAUGCUGA